AUGUGUUUGGUGCACGAGAUGGCACAAAGUCAGCAGAGCUUUUUGAAGCAGGAAGCGGGUCAGCUGAGCCGGGAAGAUACGCUGCUGAAAAUGGCCGAUCACCGUGCAAACUGGAGCCGCGUACUGGCGGACAACAAGCUUAUACUCAUCACACUGAGCGGAGUGCUGUUGGGAGUUAUAAUAGGAUUUACCUUUCGACCUUUGGGGCUGUCAAGCGACUCGCUGAUGCUUAUCGCCUAUCCGGGAGAGCUGUUUAUGCGCGUACUGAAGCUGAUGAUUCUUCCACUCGUGAUAGCGAGUCUUAUUAGCGGAUCUUCCAGCUUAAACGCGAAACUAAAUGGCAAAAUAGCGCUGCGCACAUUCGUGUACUUUCUGACGACAUCACUGUUGAACGCCAUUCUUGGAACUACGCUGGCGCUCAUAAUACAUCCGGGCAAUCCGACUACGGACGAUGCUGUACAUAGCGACUUAUUGAGAGAUACUUCGCUGAGCAAGGCUAAGACGGUGAGCCUUAUGGAUAGCGUGCUGGAUCUUGGACGGAAUAUCUUUCCGGACAACAUCUUCCAGGCUGCGCUUCAACAAGCCCACACCGUGUAUGUCCCGAAGGAACCUUCGGGUGGAUUGGGCAAUGGUACGGAGCUGUCCCAAACGUCCACUCCGGUUACAUCCACCUCCGUCAAUCUUGUCGAAUGGUCCGAGCAGAAUGUGGAAUGGACGCGAAUUGUCGAGUACCGUUCCGGCACCAACUCGCUCGGGAUCGUAUUCUUCUGCCUCGUGUUCGGUACGCUGCUGGGGACGAUCGGUCGCAAGGGCUAUGUGGUGGUACAGUUUUUCUCCGCCAUUUUCGACGUCAUUAUGAAGAUGGUGACGGGUGUGAUGUGGCUAACGCCGAUCGGGAUCAGCAGCGUGAUCGCCGGGAAAAUCUUGAGCGUCGACGACAUAGGCUUCGUCAUGACACAGCUGGCCUGGUUCAUCUUUACCAUUGCGCUGGGUGUAUUCCUGUACCAGUGGGUCAUCUUACAGGCGAUUUACUUCGUGUUUCUUCGCAAGAACCCGUUCCGCUUCUAUCUGGGGCUGGUACAACCAAUACUGACCGGUUUCGCUACUGCAUCCACGGCCGCAGCCUUACCGCUGACGUUUCGCUGCAUGAACGAGCGGCUGAAGAUUGAUUCGCGCAUAACGCGCUUUGUGCUGCCGAUCGGCUGCAACAUCAACAUGGAUGGAACGGCACUGUUCAUCGCGGUCGCCUCCAUCUUUAUCGCCCAGAUGAGCAAUAUGACGCUGAACGUCGGACAGGUGGUAACUGUCAUCCUAACCUCAACCGCCGCCUCUAUGAGCUCGGCCAGUAUUCCUUCUGCAGCGCUCGUACUACUGCUGAUCGCGCUAUCCGCGAUCGAUGCACCGAUCAACAAUGCCACGCUGCUGUUUGCCAUCGAUUGGUUUGUGGAUCGUAUUCGGACAACGAAUAACCUGCUGGGCGAUUGCUAUGCCGCAGCCGUGGUAGAGCAUCUGUCCCGGAACGAGCUGAAAAUUUCCGACAUCGAUGCGUACUACAAGGAUGACGACGUGACGUCGGAUGACCAGUGCGAGCAGGAUGUGAACGGCAAGCGGAAAUUAUCCUUCCCCAAUUCUGUGAUUUUAAACGUAGAAGUAUCGACACCGGUGUCCAACCCUUGA